AACCAUCGGUCCCAGCAACUUGUAUUCAGUGAGCUUACGCAAGUUUAGGACGCAGCGGGUGUAGGUAACAGCCGUGCCUUAGGAGGCCGUCGCGCUUACAGCAAGCACAUACCCCUUAAGUCUGACAAGGGGAGACGAGAGAGAGGGUGAGAAUAAGGUCAGCGGCUCUUACUACGCGGAGCGUCUAUAGCGAGGAUGGGGAAUCUCGUUUUAGAUCCGCAGAUUCGCGACUGGGUGCUGGUGCCGCUGACGGUGGUGAUGAUCUUAAUCGGCGUCCUGCGACACUUCGUUGCGAAGCUCAUGCGAUCCGAUGCGAAGAUCGACGUCAAGGCGAUCAAGGAAGGGCAGCUCGUGAUUCGAGCGCGCAACCUUAGAGGUGCCGGCGGAUUCAUUCCCGCUCGCAGCUUCACACAGAGGCGGCACCUGUUCUGCAAUGAGGAGAAUGGCCUGCUGCACGUGCCGAAGGGGCAGGGCGGCAACCCCCAGGCGGCCAUGUUCUCAGAUCCUAACGUGGCCAUGGACAUGAUGAAGAAGAACCUCUCCAUGAUCAUCCCGCAGUCACUCACCUUCGCCUGGGUCAACUUCUUCUUCUCUGGAUUCGUCGCAGCCAAGGUGCCUUUCCCCUUGACCCAGAAGUUCCGAGCGAUGCUGCAGAACGGCAUUGACUUGAGCACAGUGGAUGUCAGCUUCGUCAGCAGCCGCUCAUGGUACUUUCUUAAUCUCUUUGGCCUUCGGGGGCUCUUCACGCUGAUCCUUGGAGAAGACAAUGCCACGGACGACACACAGCGAAUGAUGGCCAUGCAGAUGGGUGGUAUGGGCGCCGACCCCACCAAG